AUCCGCUGACUGUACAUUUUGGACCAUUGAGGUUCGACCUGAGUUUGCCAUUGACAUGCUACUCCCACCUACCAAUCUACCACUGUGUUACAAGGUUCAAGGAAAGUAUUCACGACAGAACGCAAUUAUUUAGCCAUGAAGUGCCUACGAGGUUAUGCAGGCGCGCUCCUGUUAUUAGCAGCUGCAGCAUAUGCGGUCAUUCCGAUUCUCAGGGUACAAGAUGCCCCGAAUGCAAGUCAAGCUUUACUAUCUGGAGGUUCUAAGGUUCCUGUGGUACUAGGAGUUAUGAGCCGCUGUCCGGAUGCCAUCCUAUGCGAAUCAGUGUUUGAUGAUGUGGUAUCCAGGACUGGGGACAAGAUUGACCUCUCUCUCACGUUCAUCGGAAAAAUUAACUCAUCAGAACCAGAUUAUGGAGUGACGUGUAUGCAUGGACCCGCCGAAUGCGCAGGGAAUGUUCAGGAGUUAUGCGCAGUCAAAUACGAAGAGACACCUAGGUGGUGGAAGUUUAUUCAAUGUCAGAAUGCUCAGGGCCGAUAUAAAGUGGGGGAACCGGAGGUGGUGUUUCAAUGCGCAAAAGAGACCGGUAUUGAUUGGCAAAAUGGACCUACGGGAAAGUGUGCUGGAACGGACGGUCAGGGAAAGGGGGAGAAAGGCAUCAGGUUAUUGCAAGAGAGUGUGAAACAUACCGAGAGCUUGGGCAUUCAGAAGAGUUGUACGAUCGUCAUUGCAGGAAAGCCGGUAUGUAUCCAUGACGAAACAUGGAAAGAAUGCGAGGGCGGACAUACACAAGAUGACUUCGUGAGGCAGAUCGAGGAAGAAUAUGAGCGACACAACAGGAUUUGGCAGGAUGAUCUCGAGGACGGUUGGGUAUGGCUGUAGGAUAUUCGCCCAUAGUAGUAUGCAUGACAAAUAAGGAUAGAUUCCAUU